AACAUACCCCGAACACGCUGCUUUACGGCUUGGGAAGUUGAAACUACAAUUGCACUGAACAGACCACGCAUCUCAUAACGAAGUGGAUAAAGGUCAUUGACUAUAUGGUGUUAUCUUAGAUUGGUAGGCAGACGCGGUAUACUAUAAAUUAAAGAGGGAAUGGUAUUUCUGACACUGUCCUGUUUGGUCCGAAGCCGCGGGCCAGACAGACAUUGGAAGGUCCAAGAACUCCUGAAACAUGCUCGGCAUUUCAGGGGAAGGAAGAACCGCUGUUACAGUUUGGCUGUGCGGGCAGUAAGGAGGGCUUUCGUCUACGCCACUAAAGGUCGAAUACUCAAGAAACGUAACAUGCGAACGCUUUGGAUUUCACGUAUUGCAGCAGCAACACGAGAACAUAACAUGAAGUAUCCAGCCCUGAUUCAUAAUUUGGGAAAGACAAGUGUUCAACUCAACCGUCGUAUUCUCAGCGAACUUGCCAUCACAGAACCCCGGACGUUCCUCUCGCUAGCCAAGCUGGCUCAGGCGCGACGAGAGGAGGGCUUCAGGGCGGCCCUAGGUGACGGCCAGGAGCCUGCAGGGGUCUUCUCCCGUGUGAUGGUGACCCACUAGUCCCUUUGCCAUCUGCUGUACUAACGGACUCCUCUACUUGCUAUGCUGGGCAGACAGUGAGGCUCUGGAUUGUGUAAAUGUGGAUGCAAUGCUACAAGUCACAAUAAUUAAAUAAGCCUGUCUUUGACUUUACUCUCACCCUCUCUCCUAUAAUCAUUCAAUCCAGAGAGCAAUAACCUUUCAAGGUGAAGGUGGAGAGAGUUUGGUUGUUUUUCUUUUGAGACCUUGCUGAGAUAAAAUGUAUUACUCUGAAUGGACCAAAAAAUCAAACUCAAUGGAAGGACAUUAACUAGACGUGGACAUUAAAGCAAAUUGUAAUGGGGAAAACUUAUUUUUAUUUAGUUACGCCAUUUGGUUCACAUUGCGGUAAUUCUGAUUUCAAACGAUGCAGGCUGGCAAGUAGAUGACCAUGAUUAAACUAACGUUUACCCCUCAUUGUCCUUAGCCGAACACAAUAACAACAGCAGCACAUUGAUUUCUCUGCUGCAACCACACCCUAACCAACCCCAUUGUCAAGUACAUUCACAACAUACCUUAUCAAAAAAGUGUCCCCGGAGGAUAAGUAGUUACGAGAAGUCCCACCACAUUCAUGUGCAACUAUAAUUUAAUACUUUCAGGCAUUUUUUUUUUAAGGUUUAAGUAUGAGUCUAAAGGUAACAAGCAGAUUUUGUAAGGCUAUUGGUUUCUAUGUAAAUAUCUGUACUUUUCUUCUUGUGAUGUAUUCGUAAAAUUUGUUUCAUUAAACAUUUUGUUAUGUAUUCAA